AUGGCGCCUUCAGUCUCAGAUCAACCUCCAAGCGCGACCAAUGGCGACACCGUCCCCAAGAUCGGGCCUCAUCCGGGUUUCAUCUCCAGCUCCAACCAAUACACUACUGAGCUAAGGCUCCGGCGCAUGCUCAAGGACAACGGUUGCGACCCGGCUCGACAGGAUAGCUACCGUCUUCAGGGUGUGCAGCUGAUUGAGAAUGUGAGGGCGUACCUACAACUGCCUGUUCGGUCUUUCGAUACGGCGUGCACGUACUUCCACAAGUUUCGACUCAACUUCCGCGACGCCGAGUACAACUACCAGGAUGCCGCUCUGGCUUCUCUUUUUGUGGCAUGCAAGGUAGAAGAUACCAUCAAGAAAUCUAAGGAGAUUCUUGCGGCUGCAUACAAUGUCAAAAACCCAGAGAAGGCGACGACGCCCGAUGAUAAGAUCUUCGACUCGCCGGGAAAAAUCAUCAUCUGUCUCGAACGCCUCAUCCUAGAAACAAUCGGGUUUGAUUUCCGAACGCGGUACCCUCAGAAGUUGCUCGUCAAAGUUGUCCGGAAAAUCCUGGGGAAGGAAGAUGGCAAAGAGUUCUUCGCGACCGCCUACGAUAUGUGCAUCGACAUGUACAAGACCUUUGUGCCCAUAAAGCGCACGACUUUCUCCAUGGUCAUGGCCAUUGUGGAGCUCACAGCCUUGAUGCGAGAGGAGCAUGUAGAAAAGGUCCAUGAAUUCGCAGCUCAACAGCCUCAAUACCACCGCGGCGCCGUCAUGGAAACGAUGCUUGACAUCCUGGACCUAUACGCCCAGCAUUACAAGUCAACGGAGCUAGGGUCACAGUUCGACCUCAACAAGAUUAUCGACAUCAAGAUCCGGCUUAACAACGAUCUUGAGAAGGCCUUUGAGCCGCGAUACUUGUUCCACUGUACCCGAUGCGAAGCAGAAGAUCCACAGCCUUCAACCCCCGCCUCGGCAACCUCACCUGUCACGACGUCAAAUAUGAUUGGAGACGCAUCAGGACGGCGGACGGCGCGUGGGCAGGACGGGACCAUGCGGUUUGUGUUUGAUCCCGAGAGCGCACGAAGCGAGCAAGAAACUGUUCGGGAGCAUUUCCACGAAGAGUUUGAGGAGUACGAGAUCGAGGUUGAGGAGCCGAUCCCUCCGCCUCAGCGUGAAGGCGGUCACAGGGGAGGUGGAUAUCACGGCCACGGCCACGGCCACAGGGACCGAGGAGAUCACCGGCGUGGCGCCCCAUACGGAGGGUAUCGAGGAGAACGCCACUACAGAGGAAGAGGGAGACAUUAUUGA